CAAUUUCCAUAUUUCUAUCUAUUUGCUAUAAAUUGUGAACAACUUAACUAUAUACCUCUCUCCAUCCUGCAGAUUGAACUCAAACUCGAAAUUAGAGAGAGAGAGAGAUGAGUGCUGCUGUGGUUUUGAUGAACUCUGCUGAUACUGUAAUGGAGUUGAAGGAGUUAGAAACCCUAAAAGUAGAAGAAGAUGAACAAGUAAAAGCUGCAGCAGUAGUAGCAGCAUCGCAUGCAGACGACACGGAGUUGGAGGAGCUGAGAAAAAGUCGUCUCAUGAGAGCAUCUGUCGAGGCCCAGGAUCCUUCCACCAAGGAAGUGGAUGAUCUCACAAUAAGGAGGUUCCUGCGUGCUCGCGACUUGGAUAUAGAGCAGGCAUCUGCAAUGUUCCUCAAGUACAUGAAAUGGAGACGUGAUUUUGUUCCUAAAGGUUCUAUUACUGCUUCUGAGGUUCCAAACCAAAUUGCUCAGAACAAGAUGUUUUUACAGGGAUCGGACAAGAAAGGAUGCCCCAUAUCAGUUAUCCUUGGUUAUAGACAUUUUCAAGACAGCCUCAAGGAAUUCAAGCGUUUUGUAGUCUAUGGACUCGACAAGGUAUGUGCAAAGAUUCCGCCAGGACAGAAGUUCAUUGCCAUAGGAGAUCUCGAAGGCUGGGGAUAUUCAAACAGUGACGUCCGAGGUUACCUUGGAGCUCUUUCAAUUUUGCAGGACUACUAUCCGGAAAGGCUAGGGAAGGUGUACAUCAUUCAUGCUCCUCUCAUAUUCAUGACGGUUUGGAAAAUCGUUCACCCUUUUAUCGACAACAAAACUAAGAAGAAGAUAAUAUUCGUCGAAAACAAAAUGUUGAAAUCAACUCUGCUCGAAGAGAUUGAUGAGAGCCAGCUUCCGGAGAUAUAUGGAGGCAAACUGCCUUUGGUUCCCAUCUAGGGUCCCAAAUUGAUCAACCAUGCCAAGAAGAAAAAUGAACAGAUUAAAGCUCAUGUCUCAUUAAGUUUGCAAUAUGUAUGUUAUAAUAUGUAACUAUGCUGUACCACCUAUGUGAUUGUGUUUACACCUUCACUUUGCA